GGUGCAUGAGACGAGUUACAUCUCCACGGCCAUAAUGUCGGAAUCUGCAAGGAAGAAGCAGCGCGUGAGCCCACGGAUCUCGGGCGAUGCCACGGACCAUUCGUCGACGCUGUACAAUGAUCUCCACCGCCUCGCAAGCAUUGCGCCCAAGCCCGUCACUCCUUUCCGCCGUGCAGCCAGCGCCGGCAUCACGCCUCGAAGCGCAACAAUCCGAACCCCUGGCACAGCCCGAACACCCCGCGGCGGACCAGCUACGCGGCCUCUCCCCGCACGCAGAGCAGCUCCCACCACACCACAUGCCAUUCGAGCCCUGAGGGAACGUGCAAAUGCGGCGCGGACACCAGGCCACGUGCGCCGGCGAAGCGGAAGAGUCCAACGAGAAACGCCCCGUGACCUCCUACGCAACCUGAGCAGAGUGCUCGCCCGCAACACGCAGCCCAUCGAGCCCACGCCCAAAGCACAGCAGCGAAAUAGACACUCCGCGCUCGACCUCCCCGAUAUUGAAGAUGACGAGCCCACCGCCCCGCGCCUCUCGAUGCCGCUGGACGAUAUGUACGACGACGACAGCUUCAACGAGGAGCCGCCGCGCCCGUCGCUACUAGCGCCCUUGCCGGACUACGACUACGACAACGGCACCGUGCAGUCAGUUGAGUUUGGGCGGCGAGCGCGUAGCGAGGAUCCCCGUCUCGACCGCUUGUUUGGGCGCCGGAUCAGCGAGCAGUUUGGCGAUUUGCACGACUUGACGAUUAAUGGGGAGGAGUACGAGCUCGAUGGGAACUUCAUCAACAGGCGGGGGACGUUGUUGCCGAAUGAGCUUCUAGAGCAAGUGGAAGAGGAGUUCGAAGAGGGGAAUACAGAGGCGGAGAUUCGGGCGUUGACAGGUAGGGCGAGGGCAAGUGAUACGGGGGAUUUGGGCGUGUUUGGGGAGGUGGAGGGCGAGGAGGAGGAGCCGACGUUCAGAUUUGAGAUUAGGCCGCGUAUCGAAAAGCCGGGAGAGGAUGAGGAAAGUGGCGAAGAAGAAGAACACGGGGACGGCGAAGUCGAUGAUAAUACCCCGGGGGAGUUAGAAGAGACCAUGCUCGAAGACGACGACGAGCAACCCGCUCUUAAUCUAGUUUACGACAAUGACGACACCGCACCCGUCCUCGCCUCCGACAACGAAAAUGGUCCCCUCGAAAUCGCAGGCUGGGAGUCUGAGCCUGAGAACUUGGAUGACGAAGACCUGGCCGCGUACCGCGGCGAAGUAUCUGCCAUAGACCGCAGUCUACAGACGCCCGCGCCUGAGACUCCGGCCAAGAGGCGCGCAGGCCGGCAGCGUAGAGCACUGAACAUCUCGCGCUUUGGGCAUGAGUAUCCUUCGUUUCCGGCUGCUACUGUCAAGAUGCUAGCGAAUGGUUUUGUCAAGGGACAGGGCAGCAAGAGCAAGAUUAGCAAAGACACGCUGGAGGCGCUGGUGCAGACGAGUGAUUUCUUCUUCGAGCAGGUCGGCGAGGAUCUCGCUGCGUAUGCAGGGCAUGCGGGGCGGAAGAUGAUUGAGGAAAGCGAUGUUAUUGCAUUGCUCAAGAGGACGCGCCAGGUUACAGAUAGUAGUACAUAUUUCUUCCUCGCGCAGAAGCUGCUGCCCAGGGAGCUGCUCCAGCAGCUGCGCAUGCAGCCGCUGCCGAAGCUGAAGCGGCAAAAAAGGAAACGGAUGGAGGCUAUCCCCGAAGAGGAUGGGGAUGAUGAGUGAUGGGAACGGAAGAAUCAGUUUAAUGAGGUUAUGACCAGUCGACGCUAUGGCGCACGCGCUUAGCUUGCCCGGAGAUGGGCUUCUUGACGAC